AACGUUCUUUUUAAGACAGAAAGGAUUUCGUACAAAAAAACUAGAGAGACGUUAUUUUUCAGUAGCCUCAAAGAUUUGUAAAUUGUCUCAGUUUGGUUCUUGUGCGGUUUUACAAGGAGGUUUGAGGAAGGUGGAUUCCGGUUGAGUGGUUCUGAGUUACGCGUUUGAAUGGUUGAGAAUGUUCGGGAAUGGUUCUAGUACAAUUGAGUAUUGAGCCUUUCGCGCUUGAUAGAUGAUUCACAUAAAAUACAAAUACAAAAUGAUACAACUGAGGUCAUUACUUCUGAUCAUUACUUCAUUAACAGCACCAAUGCACUAUUUUUUCAUGUAAGCGAAUUUAGGUGUGCUUUUAAGAAGGUGAGUAAAUUUUUAUUUUGCAUACAAAAGUUAACAGUUAUUUUACAGAAAAAUGACUUUUAUAAACAAUAAACAAGUAAUUAAAAAAGUCUUAGAAAUUUUGAUCUACAUUUGCAGAGGUCAAAAUUAUAAGAAAAAUCGGUGUUUUGUUCAAUAUUUGGAGUCAGGUUGGAAUACUGUAUGCUAAAAGUAUUUAUAGUUAUUUUCACUUAUAUUCCUGCAAAUGCAGGAGUGGAUGUAUUAUAUGGAUAUCAAAUUGAAAAGGCUCUUUUUUAGGGAUAUGUAGAUCUUAGUCCAGUCUAAGAAGACGUAUUAUUUUACUUUCUUGAUCAGCAAAGAGCGACAAUUAUAUAUGGAUAAUAAGCCAACCUGCAAGGGUCUUGGAUUAGACAACGAGUUCAUUCUCUGGUAUCUGUUUGGAAGUAAUGAUGUCAAACCUGUUGACUCUUGUGACCAACAUUCAGAUAUAUACCAAGAAAAAGCAAUCUCAAGUGAUCAAUUAUCCGAUGACGUUUCGAUAUUUCACAGCUACGCCUAUCAAAGUUUCCAACCAGAGUUUCAGUUAUGCUGGUCGAGUAUACCUGGUAAUAAGUUUGGAGUCAUGGCAUCCAGGUUAAUUCCUCAAGAUGUUUGGAUUGGUCCUUAUGAAGGCAAAUUAAUAGAUAUUAACAAAGAGGAUAAAUGCGAGGAUCGUAACAAUAUGUGGGAGAUUUUGCAACAAAAUCAAAUUCGUUAUUUUAUAGAAGGUACUGAUCUUAGCAGUGCAAACUGGAUGCGGUUUAUUCAGUGUGCUCGAAACAAAGCUGAACAAAACACAAGCGCAUUUCAAUACAAGGGUCGGGUUUAUUAUCGAGUGUUACGUGACAUCGAUAUUGGAGAGGAAAUCCUAGUCUGGUAUGAUGAUUGUUAUCAACAGUACAUGGGAAUACCAAUCAUGGAACAGACCAACGGUACGAAAUUCUAAUACUGUGUGCUACUUCACUUAUGCAACAUAAAUAUCAAAACAUCACACGACAUCCAUUUCAUAGCAACAUAAAUAUCAAAACAUCACACGACAUCCAUUUCAUAGCAACAUAAAUAUCAAAAUAUCAC